AUGGCGGUGCUGGUGGCUAUGGAGGCGGCACGGGCGGUGGCUCGGGAAUCGGGGGAGGAUACGGUGGAGCCGGUGGCUACAGUGGAGGUUACCGUCCUUGAGUUGCUGGCUGAAGAAAAAAUUCGCCAAAUAAUAAAUAACCUUCGGCGGCUUCCGAAGUUAUUCUUUGGCCGCCGCCCUCUUCGCGCGGACGCAGCGCAGCGGUCAACACAACUGCCGGUCUCCUUCGUUCCUUGUCACCGCCACAUUUCCAUUAUAAAGAGAAGGCGAAACCGGCGCCACCCCGAUUCCACCGCCGCCACGAACGCCUUUCCUUCGAUCUCUGCAACAAUCCAUGCUAUGGAUCCAUCGCUCGGUAUCAACAAGCAGAGCAAGCAAAUCCGCAAGCCCUCGCCUCCUCCUCCGCCGCAGCAGAUAUACAAUAUCAGCAAGAACGACUUCCGCGCCGUCGUCCAGCAACUCACCGGCUCCCCCUCCCGCGACCACCUCCGCCCUCAGCCACCGCCUCGCCCGCGCCCUCCCAGCUCCCGCUUACUCAAGAUCCGCCCUCCCCCGCUCUCCCCAAUCGCCCCUCCGCCGCACCCUAACCCUAACCUCCGCGCUCCUGCCUGGGCUUCCUCCCCUGUCUCCGCCUACAUGCGCUACCUCGAGAGCACCCUCCUCGGCCCCGCCUCCUCUUCUCGCCAUCGCCCCCCGCCGCCCUUCCCCUCCCCGCCACCCCUAGCACUGCUGUCGCCGAGAUUGAUAAUGAGUCCAAACUCGUUCCUUUCCCCUUCUCCGAGUGGAUACCUAAAUCUCUUAUCUCCGAGGUCGCCGUAUCCCUUGAUUUCUCCGGGGUUCCAGUACCCUCCGCCGCCGGUCUUCUCUCCGUUGCCCCAUCCGGAAACAUUGGGAGCUGGAACGGGGGGGCAUGGCCUUCCGGCCCCGCCUUCUCCCGGGUUCUUCUUCUUCCCCCAGUCGCCCUCGGCCUUCCUACCAAGUCGGAGCCCUAGACGGAGAGAUUAGUCAUAGUGGGAACUUGUUCUGCAGUAUGACCUUCUUCCAAGCAUUUUCUGCUGCAAAAAAUUCAAUUUUUUCGUGUUGGUCCGACCAAUGACCUCAUCCUCAUGGGAGCACGAAGAAGAUCGGUAGAUAGCUGUUCUUUGCUGAUUCACUCCGGAGACGCAGCCAUGUGAAGGGCCUGUUCUUCCGGGAGUUGCAGGAAGAUAAAGAAUAACUGAAAACAUACAAGGUGAAGUGUAGUAUAUUACUUUAGUUUCUCUAAUCGUGGAUUACUUAGUUAAAUGUUUGUAUUUAGCUAUGAUAUCAUAUCAUUUCAUCAUUAAUUCCCUCAGAAAUUAUUCUAAUGUUA